AGUUGAAUUUUUCAUGCGUGAGCCUCGAUCGCACCUUUGUACUGAACUACAUUGUACAUAUUCCCUGCCAUUGAAUCGCAAAGAAGCGGAAUUUCGUGUGCUAAAAGAGAGUGAUUAUUCUUCAAAUGGCAUCGUGGAAAAGUGAAAAAAUGCCUCGCAUGUGCCGAUGAAGAUAUGUGGAAGUAAAGUUAAAUCAAUUUUCCAGCUAAUAGUCGCGUGCCUUUUCAGUCGCAUUUGGGUGAAAUUAUGCAUCGAUUCAAAGUGGAAAAGUGCCUCGAAGUUUUUUUCCCUUAUGCCCCCCUUCGUCUGACGAAUAUCUGAAGAAAAAAAGUGGAGUGUCUCGUAACCCCCUCUUCUUUACUCGCGUAUUGAAUGCCGAAGCCAGUGUGUAGUGCGCCUCUUCUCACGCCACUCUUUCAUUGUGUGCGGUGUGCUCUCAUCGUCAUCAUCAUUGAUCAUUGUCAGUAGGCAGUCGACAGCGGAACACACUGUUUGGGAAUAAUAAGAGUCUCAGUGGAAAAGUGACCCGACUGAAGCCUACACAGCACGGCUCAGCUAGACGGCGAGCCAGCCCCAGCAGUGAAGCACCGGAGGACGGAAGGUGUGUUCCGAUCGGGAGGAGAACGAAAAAGAGAACUCCCAGCACCGGAUCGAUCGUCAUCAUCAUCACCGUCGCCGUCACAGUCGUCCGUGUCUGGGAGACCACCACCGGAGGAGCUGCUGGACGUACGAGACUGCUGCACUCACACCAUCCGACUGGUUUUCUGUGUGCGGAUAAGCGAACCCGUUGCUUUUUGGCUGCAGUUCAUCUUGGAUGGUUUGGACCCGUCGUCGCCGCCGUCGGUCGUCGAUCAACAUCCGAAUCAGAAUAAGGAAUUCAUGGGACAAAGUUGCCGCUCGGAAAGGUCACGGCACCGAUAGGAAGAUGCGGAAGCCGAGGAAGUAAAUGAGGGAAGAUGUAAUUGUUUUCGCUACGGUGUGUGAAGUGCGUUGAGAGGUUAUACCUCUGUGGGAAGAAUUUUCGAAAAUAACAGAAAGGGGAAAGGGGAAAUCGAUCAGCGAAAACAAGUGAGAAAAAGGUGUGAAAUAAAAUGAAACUAGUGUAUCGAGAUCGAUUUUUCUUGUGCUGCAACGACAACGACGGCAACAACGAUCAACUGCUGCUAGGCUGCCGUAGUGAGAAUGCUGUCGUUGCCCUCCAGGAACGUUGGUUGUCAUCUGCUACCACUAAGGCAACUUCCUGUUCCUCCUUCUGCUGCUACAGUCGGCAGAGUCAGACAUUCUGCCCCGACGAAAUUCGAGACUGUCAGCAAUGCUGUAAAAACGACAAACAGCAACCCAAAGUGCGAGAGCUAUUGGUUCUUGAGGAAUCGUCAAGCGUGUCGUCGAUUAUCCACGGUAAUAGCCGCAACGUUGGCAGGUUGCAGUGCUACCACCUGCCGCAGUAGCAUCAUCCAGUUCUCAUCCAAACCCUGCUGCCGGUGUAAGACCGUUGGUGUUCUUUCAGAAAACCCCAACAGCUACCCUGCCGCCCCUUCAAAGCAUACAGGGAAUAUCUUCGACAGUUUCAGCGGCACUGCAGGUGUUCCAUCACCACCCACCCUCAGUGGAAUACGUUCGGUCAAUUAAAUUACUAGGGCCUAUAGCAACAAGCAAAAACUGACCACCCAAAAGCAGCCAGUGUUGCUUUAUGUUGUAUAGGAAGGAAAAGGAAAAAGUGCAUCGAAAAAUUGUGUAUAGUUUUUUUUUUGAGGGUGUAUGUUUAUUAAAAGAAAAGCAAAAUAGUUUAUUACCCCCUACUGUGUGCAUUGGAACGAGAGCAAGAGACUCGUCGGAACAGAAGUGAAGGAAGCAAAAAAAACGGAGAAAGACUCCACCGUGAAAGUGAAUACGGGGAAGCAAUAAGAAAUACCGAGUGAAAAGAGAUCCAAGAAACAAAGUGUCAGAAGCGAAAUAUAAACGUGAGAAACGUACGUGAGAUUGCCCCGUACAACGAGGAAGAAGAAGAAUCGAAAGCAGACAAACAAGUAGAAGACGACGCCAAGAAUCACACGUUUCUUCAUUCAUAAGCAAUGAAUAGGAAUAUAGUAAAAUUCUAUGCAUUACUAUUCAUCAUGCUGUCAUCAGUUGUGUUAAUCACAGACUGCUGUUCAAGCAGAUCCAUGCCAAAAUCGCGUCCACGGCCCGUGUCGCACUUCCGUGGUGUCAUCACGACCUCGUCGGCAAAGAUUACGACCACCAAUGGCAAUGGCGAUUCGACUACAUUCACCCUGAUAACAACCAAGACAACGUCGACCAUCAGUGAAGCACAGUCGGAAACAACAUCGACAGUGACGGACCCUCGGAGUGGUCCCGGUCCAGGCGGUGGCACCAACAGCCCCGGCGGUGGAACGAACACCAACGGCGGCAACAGCAAGGACCAGCUGAUGCGAAUGGGCAAGUGCUCAUUGCUGUUCGAGGAGAACUACUGCCUCAACGGUGGUAAGUGCUACAACUUUACGAUCGCGAACUCGACGAUGCCAACGUGUGAAUGUGCCGACGGAUUCAUGGGUGAACGGUGCGAGUCAAAGUACUUAGAUGGGACUUACCUAAGCAUGCGUAAGUCCAAGAUUCACAUCGAAACGGCCAGCAUAUACUAUGGCGCUUUUUUGGCACUGAUAGUGGUGCUAGUAUUGCUAUACUGCCUCCAUUGUAUGCAGUCAUCGUCCUCAGCGGCAGGAAGCAAAUUGCUAAAGAAGAGCAAAAAGGUGAUGAUUCUUCCUCCCUAAGCAAAUCCGCACGCCCUUCAAUAUUAUGGAAAGUACACCGCGACAGGUCGUAUUGUUCGUUGUUAUGUUCAUGUUGGUUAGGCUAGUAGAAGUAGGAAAGUUGAUUCCGAAACCGACGGUAAAUUACGGACAAAUUUAGACAGUUUGCUUAUCUAUGUAGUCAUUAUGAGCCCCUCCAGGCGAGGGGCUAGAUUAUAAAUAGUUCUGUUUGAUGCAGAACACUCGAAUACGACCACCCCCUAUCCAGACAUAGAUUGAUUCAAUCUGAAAGCAGCUACAAUCGUGUCAUUCGAAGUGAUAUCGAUAUAGGCCAGUGUUUAGAUUUUGUUGCAUGCAGGCUCAUUGCAUGGGAAUGAUUAUUGGGAUGAAAAAGAUACACAUCGAAUGUCGAAUUGCGAAACUUUACAGAUCAAGAAUCUCCAUACGGCUAAAGAUAGAUUGAGGAUAGAAUACUCGAUAAUUUCUCUAUCAGAAUUCAAAUUCCGUUCCAAGUGUAAAAAUAGUUGCUUAAGUGCAAUAGCGUUUAAGAAAAAGUAUCGUUUUUUAUAAGGAAUAAUAUUUAAGGUAGUUAAGAACAAAAUCAUCACGAAUCAGACUAUAGAACAGAGCAACAAAUAAUUGCCAAUAACAGAUCAAAACACCAAACCAUUUUGAAAUUUCAUUUGCAAACCACAAACCUUCAACAAACUGCAAUAGAUAACGAACACAUCCAUUCCCGCCAAACUCACAGGACAAACCAUAGGUUACUUACAAUAGGAGAAAUGUUUUCCAUUCACCCAACUAAUGAGCCAAAGAGUACGUUUUAGUACUUUUAGAAUUGGUAAGUUGCCACUUAUAUUAUGUCAUAGUAUUCCUUACAUUAUAUAGAAUAAAGAGAUCAUUGAACAACUCCAGGAUGGACUAUCACAUAUGCAUCACACUCACCCGCGGACAUGUUACAUACUCGGUAUAACAAAGAUAUACCAACAUAUUUAUAAACAAACACGUUAGAAGUUAGUUGUGUAAACCAAGAGGUUCAGCGAAGGGUCAUCACAACUAAUGCCAUGCUCAGACUAUAAGGUGAAUAACAUAUGUCAUUCCCAUUAUCGACAAGAUAAAUGAAUUCAAGUUUGCUGAAAAACAUGUAACUUGCCAAUAGUCUGAUCAUAGCAUGAGAGUAUCGGAUCAGUAUUAAAUUAUCAAUUGAGAACAAUGCAUUCUCAUAAUCAUCAUUACAUCCCAUUCAUCAAUCACUACUAUUGCGUUGACCAGUCGAUUCGUCUUAAUUUUCACUUUCUUAGCAACAUAUUUAAAAAGAAUUUGAUUUCAUUUUGGUCUUCAUUUUCAAAGUGUCCAACAAUGGAACAAAUUACAGGAUAUGGCGACUUGGAACUUUAAUGCUAAAACGAUUUUGGCCGUCUUGUUUCUGACACUUCGUAUAACGAGUAUUGUGGGAGAAUAUUAAAUAGUUUGGAUACAUCACAUUAUACAUAUGGUCCCUCUAGAUCUUACAGAUGAUUCAAUUGAGUCCUAUAUUUAUUCCUUUAUUAUAGUGCAUUUUAAAAUUAUUCCGAAUGGUAUAUUUUAACAUCUCCUUGCCUUUUAUCAUAUUUAUUCCAAGAUGUAAAUUAGAUACUAUAAAUAAUCCCUCAUUCUAUGUUCUGUAACUAUUCUGCACAUCUUGAUCGGUUUCUCCAUACUGUUUAAAUAAAUUUUAUUCCAUAAAUUUUCAUGUCUUAUUCUUGAUUUCCAAACUAUAUGAUUCCCAAUGUCGAGUAGGAGAGUAAAAUGCACUGUAUUAAGGGAAGUUAUAAUAAAUAAAGCAUCUAUUUAGCACGUACGCCGAAUUGGGAAAUUAAUCAUGACUUUUAUUGUUACUCUAUUUAUCGUCUUAAAAGAUUGUUAUAUCCUGUAUUGACAAAUUUUUUAUCAAAACUGAUUUUUUUCAAACUGAGAAAGUAUAACGCGGAUUUCUAAAGCGAAUUUGGUUCCUAUCAACUGAUAAGUUGAGUUUAUUUAUCGAAAACAUUGUAUCACAAUUUAUCUUGAGAACUCAAUCUCUUCCAGUCGCAAUGGGAGAAAUCUCUGAAAGCACAUAACAUUCCACCCCUAAUGUAUGUACAUUUAUGCUUAAAAUUAUUAUAUAUUUGACAACAAAGUCUACUUUAUAUAUUGUCGCUAAUAUUCUUAUGCGAGUAGAAUAUUUUGUUAUGAACAUCGGUUCUGUUGAUCUGCAACUAUUACUAAAUCACAGAACCAUCGUUGUAAAAUACAACUCAUUCAUACACCAGACACUCAUAUUUCACAUGCAUAAAACACACCCAUUACUGCAUAUAUUAUCAUAGCAGAAGAUUGCACGCUUUAAGCCUUACUCAAAUGUGAAAAAAACAAAAUCAAAACAAGAAAAUAACAUGACGUUGCCUUUACUGAAAUUAUGAUAAAAUUAAAUAUACACUGUAUUUAUCUUACAACGAUUCUUAAUGUUAACGACAAAAAUGGUGAACUAUUAAAACAACAGAUCCGCCCAUUCAUUUUUAUUCCCUUUUUUUGUAAAAUAAAAUCUGUUCUUGUAAGUAAAUCUGCUGGUCGAGUAACAAAGGGAUGCAAUUUACAGUUGAUGUUUCAAACUUCAAAAAUUUGUCUUGCCGACAGUAAUGCAAAAGGCGAAUAUGUAAAACCGUAAAUUAGUCAUUUUUUUCACCUAGUAUUUUUUGGCUACAGGUAAACAAAUUACUAAUGGGCUUCUAUUUUCACAUGUUUUAAAAUUACCACGCAAUCAAAUUCACUUCAAUUUAUUUGUUUAUAUUGUUUAUGGCAAAAUGGGAUAAAAAGAAACGGAUCUAAAAUGGAAUAUAUUACACGAAAAUUAUAAGGAAUACGAUAAAGACUGAUGUAUAUGUCUUAACUUAUUUAAAGUGAACCGAGAGAGCGCAGUAAACUAAAACAACACUACACCUUAUCUCAUUAUUUUCUUGAAUCUCAGUGACAUGAAAAAUACAACGAAGAUCUUUUUUAAUGCAGCGAUUUUUUGCGAAACUAGUAUAUAAAGAAAAGAAACUAAAUUGACAAUAACACAGUAUAACACAUAAGGUAUAACAGUAAAAUCAAGUAACAAAUUUUGGCAAAGCAAAUAAAAAAUCGUAGAAGGUCAAGAGUCUACACAAUUGAUAAUUAUUAUUUAAAAAAAAAUAUUAAAAAUAUAUUAAAAAUCA